UCUACAAUCGCCAUCUUUCAGCUGACAGCCACUCGCUCGCGUUCACUGACACCACCUCUGACACACCAACCAUGAGCGAGACUGAUGCCAAGCGUCCCAAGACCUCUGAGGAGGAGGUUGGCGAGUACGAGAAGCUGGAGCAGGCCGUCGCCUUUAUCCAGUCCAAGUUCCCCACGAAGCCUGUGAUUGGCAUCAUCUGCGGAUCUGGUCUCGGUGGGCUCGCCGAUCUCGUCAAGGAGCCAACGCGCCUCACCUACUCCGAGAUCCCGCACUUUCCCACGAGCACUGUUGCCGGUCAUGAUGGCAGCCUCAUCCUCGGCGAGCUCGGCGGCGCUCCCGUCGUCGUCAUGAAGGGUCGCCUCCACUUCUACGAGGGAUACAGCCUGCGCCGCAUCGCUCAUCCCAUCCGCACCCUCUGCAAGCUCGGCAUCAAGGCACUGCUUGUGACCAACGCGGCUGGCGGCCUCAACACCGAAUACAAAGUCGGCGACCUCAUGCUUCUCAAGGACCACCUCAACCUGCCUGGUUUCGCUGGGCAGAACCCGCUCAUUGGCCCACACGACGAGCGGUAUGGCGGACGAUUCGUGCCGAUGAGCAAGGCUUACCCGAAGCAGCUCAGGGACAUUGCAACUGCAGCUGCUGAAGAGCUUGGCCUUGGCUCUGUGCUGCGCCAGGGCGUGUAUGCAAUGGUCGCCGGCCCAACAUACGAGACGCCAGCAGAGGCAUGCCUCAUCGCCCGCAACGGUGCGGAUGCUGUUGGCAUGUCGACGGUGCCUGAAGUGAUUGUUGCCGUCCAGGCCGGGGUCAAGUGCAUGGCCAUGUCGCUGAUCACGAACAACGUCGUGCUGAACGUGGAUGAGGAGGGCGAGGCCAACCACGCCGAGGUGCUCGCUGCCGCCAACGCCCGCCAGCCCGAUGUGCAGAACCUCUUCAUCAACAUCUGCACCCGCAUCAAGGCCCAGGUCGACACGGGCAAGCUCUGAGGCCAUGCUAUGCCACGCACCACCACCCACACUCCUCCCACUCCUCCUUCCGUCCCUCCACCUUACACGUGGAUGCAAGGGCAUGAGCACAGCGUGGAAGGAGGUGUUGAUUGGUUGGUGGUGAACACAUGUGCGCUGUGUGCAUGGUGACGUGAGGUGACAUCUGACACGCUCGCCCUUCCACGUGCUUGUUUGUGUUGUGUGGAGCCACUGUGCUGUUUGUGUGUCAUCCUGUUGACGCUGCUUCACUGCACUGCGGUCCUUUUCUCUUCUCCACCGUGGACGGUCGUUCACACCGAAUACACAACCCAUAUGGGUACACUACUCGCUGGUUUGGAGCACGCAAGCCAGUGCUGUUGGUGCUGACAUGAGGGCAACACGU